AAAACUGGUUAUGACUUUAGUGUUGAUGAAUAUUAUUACACAACAAAAGUGAUAAGUUUUCCCAUAAUUGUGGCUCAAUUUCUUUUCGCAUGUAUUGCCGAUUUUGAUCCAAAUUAUCCAAAAAAUUCUAAAAAUUUAUGCCCAGAAUACCAAGCAUCAUUUUUAUCUCGUCUCUCAUUUGAAUGGUAUAGUCCUUUGAUAUACAGGGGGUACAGAAAACCUUUGACUACCGAUGAUAUGUGGGAUUUAAACACUGAGAAUAAAUCAAGUUUUAUAAUUGAAAAGUUUAAUCAAGUUUGGCUACCAAUCAUUCGCCGCAAAUGGGAGGUUAAGGAUAACACUUUGAGUCAAAACAUCAAUAUUUUAAAAGGCAUUUUAAAGACAUUUUGGUCGGAAAUGCUUUUUGUUGCAUUUAUCAAAUUAACUGCAAGCGUUCUCACUUUUGUCAAUCCAUUACUAUUGGAUUUAAUUAUCGGAUACAUGUCCCCAGACAAUACCGAACCCGAAUGGAGGGGAUAUUUUUAUGCAUUUCUAAUGUUUUUGUCACCGUUUACUGAAUCAAUACUUAACGGCCAAUAUGAAUACAGAAACAGUUUAAUUGCAAUGAAAGUUCGGGCCUGUAUUAUAUCAGUCGUCUAUAAAAAGAAUCUAAGUUUAUCGAGUAAUGGACGUAAGAGUUACACAACUGGAGAAAUAGUGAACCUAAUGGCAGUCGAUUCGCAACGAAUGAUGGAUUUCUUAGCAAUGGUUAACGUCUUAUGGUCGGCACCGCUUCAAAUCGGUAUCGCUCUCUACAUGCUAUGGCAACAGUUAGGCAUUUCAACUCUGGCCGGAAUGGUGUUUAUGAUCGUAUUGAUGCCAAUGAACGGUAUAAUCGCCACCAAAAUGAGGAAAUUUCAGGGAGAAGUCAUGAAAAUGAAAGAUAAAAGAGUGAAACUAAUGAACGAAAUCUUAAGCGGUAUUAAAGUGUUUAAAUUGUAUUCUUGGGAGACAUCGUUCAAAGAGCAGGUGGUCUCACUUCGGGAAACUGAAGUCAAGUCACUUAAUAAGAUGGCAUACCUGAGCAGUUCCAUGGCAUUUACAUUUGUUUCGGCACCCUUUUUUGUCGGUUUAUUCAGUUUCAUGGCGUAUGUUAUGAUAUCCGCGGAUAAUAUAUUAGAUGCAAAUAAAAUAUUUGUUUCGCUCUCGCUCUUCAAUAUAAUGAAAGGUCCACUUGGUUUUCUACCCAUGUUACUUUCAUUCGGUGCUAUGUUUUUGGUGUCUCUUCGAAGAGUAAAUGAUUAUUUAAAUGCCGAAGAAUUAGACGAGACAUCCAUUUCCCAUAAGGAGAAUAAAGAGACUCCUGUUAUGGUGGAGAACGCCACCUUCAAGUGGACCAGUGAUAGCCCGACAGUCCUUAAGAAUAUUAAUUUCAGAGUUAAAAGGAAUAAAUUGGUGGCAAUUGUAGGUGGGAAUAAAGAGACUCCUGUUAUGGUGGAGAACGCCACCUUCAAGUGGACCAAUGAUAGCCCGGCAGUCCUUAAGAAUAUUAAUUUCAGAGUUAAAAGGAAUAAAUUGGUGGCAAUUGUAGGUCAGGUAGGGGUUGGCAAGUCUUCACUACUUUCUUCACUAUUGGGUGAUUUGGAGAAAAUCAAAGGCAUCGUCAAUAUUAGCGGAACUAUCGCUUAUGUUCCACAACAGGCGUGGAUUCAAAAUUGCACUCUAAAACAGAAUAUUCUGUUCACAAAUUCUUUAAACGAAAGAUUUUAUAAGAAAGUCUUAGAAUCGUGUGCUUUAGAACCGGAUUUGAAGGUCUUAUCGGCUGGAGAUAUGACUGAAAUCGGGGAAAAGGGAAUCAAUUUGUCUGGCGGUCAGAAACAACGGGUAUCUCUCGCCAGAGCUGUCUAUUCUAAUGCUGACAUUUAUUUGCUGGACGACCCGCUCAGUGCGGUUGAUGCACAUGUUGGCCGACAUAUUAUGGACCAAGUGAUUGGUCCCAACGGAAUACUUAAACACAAGACCCGGCUUCUGGUGACCCACAGGGCAUCGGUUCUGACAAAUGUGGACCAAAUCAUUGUAUUAAAAGACGGCGCGAUCUCUGAAUCGGGAACUUUUGAAGAGUUGAUCGCAAAUAAAGGAGAUUUCGCUGAAUUCGUUGCCGAAUAUAUUCUUCAGCAAACGGACUCUGAAGAUGUGAAUGAGGAGGAGAUGGAAGUAAUCGAUGAGUUGAGGGAAAAGGUUAAGCCUUUCAUUGAAAGGCAAAUGUCAGUGCGAUCUGGACAUGAAAGUGACAUAAGAAGACAAUUCUCAGUCAGAUCUACGAGUGUCACCAGUUCUAAGGGGAAAGAGCCUAAAGAGGAUAAAAGUGAAGCUAAAGGAAAGGGUCAGAAACGAAAAGGUGGUAAACUUAUUGAAGCAGAAACAUCUGAAACUGGAUCCGUUAAGUUUGAAGUCUAUACAAACUACUUCCAAAUGAUUGGAUGGCAUCUAAUAGGACUGGUAAUAUUCUUCUAUAUGGCUGCAAAUGGGGCCACAAUUGGUUCCGGUCUUUGGCUCAGCGAAUGGUCUAACGAUGCACUCGACCCCCAAAAAGCAAAUGACACCCAUUUAAGAGAUAUGAGACUCGGUGUAUAUGCGGGCAUUGGUUUGUCUGAAACUUUAUUCACUCUAUCGGCACAUCUAUUACUAACUCUGUCGUGUAUUCGUGCGGCAAAACUAUUGCACAACAGAAUGCUUUUCCGUAUCCUAAGAGCGCCGAUGGCUUUCUUUGACACAACACCAGUCGGACGAGUAUUAAACCGAUUCUCUAAAGACGUGGACACCGCAGAAAUGAGUCUAUUGAUUAACAUAAGAAUGAUGUUCAAUAUGUUCUUCAGAGUGAUUGUCUCGUUUUCAAUGAUAGCUCUCGAGACGCCCAUCAUUUUAUCCCUCAUCGUUCCGUUGGCUUUCAUUUACUUCUUGUUUCAAAGAAUAUAUAUCUCAACGUCUCGUCAAUUGAAACGAAUUGACUCAACCAGUCGUUCACCGAUUUAUAAUCAUUUCAGUGAAACAGUUAACGGAUCGACAAGUAUUCGGGCCUUCGGUGCGACGGAACAGUUCAUUGAAGAGUCCAAUAACAGAGUGGAUGCCAAUCAUAUCUGCUAUUAUCCCAGUUUUACAGCCGCUCGUUGGCUAUCAGUUAGACUCGAAUUUUUAGGAAAUUUAAUUAUAUUUUUUUCUGCUAUAUUCGCCAUUAUAUAUCGCGAUAGUCUUAGCCCUGGGAUGGCCGGUCUGGCCAUUAGUUAUUCAAUGAGUAUAACCAGCAUAUUAUCGAUGUUUGUUAAGAGUGUUACUGAUUUGGAAACAAAUAUUGUAUCCAUUGAGAGAAUCAUUGAAUAUACCAAGACUCCGACCGAGGCGGAAUUGUUUGACGACCACAACAAACCCAAUGGUGAUUGGCCCGAGAAGGGGGCCAUAAGAUUCAAUAAUUAUAGCACCAGAUAUAGAGAGGGAUUAGAUCUGGUCCUCAAGAAUAUAACAUUAGAUAUAAAGCCCAACGAAAAGGUGGGAAUCGUUGGUCGAACCGGCGCUGGAAAAUCAUCGCUCACUUUGGCUCUCUUCAGACUUAUAGAGCCCGUCGACGGAAACAUUGUCAUCGAUAACAUUGAUAUUAAAUCACUCGGUUUACAUGACUUAAGGUCCAGGCUUACUGUCAUACCUCAAGAUCCGGCACUUUUUACCGGCACUUUGCGUAUUAAUUUGGAUCCUUUCGAUCAACACUCGGACACUGAGAUCUGGAGGGCAUUAGAAUCGGCUCAUCUCAAGAGUUUUGUGGAAUCCGUUGAAAACGGUUUAAGUUAUCAGAUAUCAGAGGGCGGAGAGAACUUAAGUGUCGGACAGAAACAGUUGGUCUGUUUGGCGAGAGCUCUGUUGAGGAGAACUAAGAUCCUUGUGUUGGAUGAGGCGACGGCAGCGGUCGAUAUGGAAACGGAUGACUUGAUUCAGGAGACCAUCAGAAAGGAGUUUUCGUUGUCCACUAUUGUGACGAUUGCCCACCGAUUGAAUACAAUCAUAGAUUACGAUAGAGUUUUGGUUAUGGAUAGAGGAAUGAUCGCUGAAUUUGAUUCACCCAAACAUCUAAUGUCCAAAACAGACUCAAUAUUUUAUUCAAUGGCUAAAGAAGCAAAUUUGAUCUCAAAGACAGAAUAAUUCAUAUAAAAUAGAC